CACUGAAUACAAAAUCCAAAGUUUGAGUCAUUGGCCCCUCUCUUUUGUCUUGUCAGUCCAUUAAACGACCACUGAAAGUCACAAAUAGAUUUCUCCAAUAGUUGUAUUACACGUAGUCAUGCCAUUUGAAUCUCUACCUUCCUCCUCCAGUAACCAAAGAAUCGACCUUUAUGAUGCAUAUUAGGGGUUUCCUCUUAAAUUACCAAAAGGGUUAUCUUCCUUCUUAAACAUCUUUGUAUGUAAAUAAGCUCAUUUAACUUAUAUCGCAAGAAACAAUUCCAGAUUAGGAUUGAGCCCAAACUAUAAUGGUAAGCAAACAAUCAUUAUGGAUGCCUUACCCACACUAGUAUCCUUGUAGCAUUUCUAUAUCUGCAUUAAAUGUAACCUCGUUUAGUUCGUGAAGUACAUAGUAUCUUGUGUCCUAAGCAUUUUACCACCUCUUCCUGUCGCAACAGUAAUUUGUCAAACAUUGAACAGGUUACGUGACCAUUAUGUCUUCAGUUGACUGUCUGUUGUUAGAUUAUGGAUGAUGUCUGAAAAAAAAAACUCAUGAUUGGAUUAAACUUUGCAUAUUACUUUCUUUCUAAUAAUCAUGCUAAUAGUAACACAUGAGAAUAAACGUUUUUAACUAUACAUAAAACAUUGCUUCAAGUCACACUGAUCUCCUUAAUAAUUCCGGAACCAUAUAUGGGCUAGAGCCACUCAAUUAUAUAUAAUCCAUCAUUUUCAUUAAUAUUAGCGUGUUUAAUAAAUAAUUAAAAAGAAAAAGAUUAACAAGCAACAACAAAACGACAUCGUUUGGUAAGUGAUCCCUCUCUUCUCCUUUAUAUAAUCCUUCUUCUCUCCUUCCUUCCCCCUUCCAAUAUUCUCUUCAGCUCAAAUCCUCUGGUUAUGGCGUCUCCUACUUAUCUAAACUCAAGCCCUACAGAUCUCGUUCGAAGAAAGAAGAGACAAUCCGCUUCCUCCUCCGCCGCAUCGUCUCGGAGAAACAACGCAGCUUCCGCAACCGCCGGAGACGGCGAGAGCCACGGGCGAUGGAGAUCGGAGAAGCAGCAGCGUAACUACUCCGCCAAGUUGGUCCAGGCGCUGCAGCAGGUCCGCCUCACCUCCUCCGCCGCCGAAACACCAUCUCCGACGGCGAAGAAGCGGGGGAAAGCCGUCCGGGAAGCCGCCGACCGCGCUCUCGCCGUCUCCGCUCGCGGGAGGACGCUCUGGAGCAGAGCGAUCCUCGCUAACCGGAUCAAGCUCAAAUUCCGGAAACAGAAACGGCCGAGACCGGCGGCGAUCCCGGCCGUGAUCACGACGGGAAGUAGCAGCAGCAGCAGCAGAAGAUGGAAGAAACAGAGAGUGACGGUUGUGAAACUGAAUAAGAAGAGUAUACCGACGGUUAACCGGAAAGUACGUGUACUCGGCCGGUUAGUUCCGGGUUGCAAGAAAGAAUCAGUACCGGUUAUUCUAGAAGAAGCGACCGAUUACAUCCAGGCUUUGGAGAUGCAGGUAAGAGCCAUGAAGUCUCUAGCUGAGCUUCUCUCCGGCUCAGGCUCGGCUCCUCCGCCGAUUUGAUGAGGUUAAAAUCGUCAUUUUAAAUUCUACCAUUCUCUGUGUACACCAAAACACUUUUCAUAUUAAUAUAUGUAAACAUAAUACGUUUGAGUGUAAUCUGUGUAAGUAUUCUUGAUUCUUCUUUCUUCGUUAUGACUAAAGUAACUUUUGAAAUGAGUU